CUGGUAGUCGGCCCGCCCCUCCUCCUCCCCAGUCUGCACGCCCCUCUCUCCACUCCCCACCCGCUGGCCAAUGCCAGGGUGAGAGGCGUGGCGAAUGUGCACCACAGAACCGCCUGGGACCAUUAUCCCUGCAAUCCUACAAUAAAGCGCGCAUCUCUGCAAGACACCGGGGAACAACCCAUGGAACCAGUACUGUGAGGGCACUACCCAAUAAUGCCCAGUACCAGUUAGACGUGGCUUGGAACUUGGCCUCUACCUUUACAAGGUGAGUGUCCUCAAACGAGUUGCUUAAUCUAACCCUCAGUCUGCUCCUGUCAAACGGGGACAAGGCUACUUACAAACCUCAUUUGUCCGUAAACAUGCUAAUGUACCUAACGGUACCUGCUAAGUUAUAGUAAUAAAUGACGAAAAAUAGCUAUUAUUUUGGUCAAUCCCAUAAAUGUGCAGAUUGAGAGAUGGCAAGGAAUUUAGCGAAGAACACACGAUUGGUUAGGGGCAAAUAAGUCUAAAACUUCUGUACCUGACGUACACUAACUCAAAACAACACAGAAGAAACCUACUCUCCUAAAGCUCAAUUUCCCUUUCCUCUUUUUUUUUCUAUAACACUUCUGACCAAAACACUAUUUUACUUUGUUUUUUAUCUGACCCCCGUGGAAUAUAAACUCCAAGGCAGGGAGGGUUGUCUUUGGUCUACUCUUUCACUACCAUAUCCCCAGUACCUAGAAGAGGGAUUGUGUAGUACAUUUCAGAAGAUAAACAUUUAUUCGAUUAAUGAUUCUUUAUGUGGUGGUGAUUUUUGGUGCCUUCAUUUCUCAAUCAUUCUCUUUCAGCAAAAGUCACAGGAUUCCUAAAUACUGUUUAAUAAUUGACUGCAAUUUCUAAAUCAAUAAAGAAUAAGUGGAACAGUAUUUACUAUAUCCUACUCAUUUCAUUGAAUUUAACUUCACUUAAUUUCAGUAUAACACUUCCAGCUAGACAUUUUCAUUUGCAGUAACUGUCUAAAAUACUUUCCAUUUACUUGUGAGAAUGGGAAAUAAAUGGAGUUGGCUACUAUUUCUUGAACUUGCUUUAAUAUUUUAAUUUUUUCCUUAUUAGAAAAGAAGUGUUGGGGCCCCUGGGUGGCUCAGUAGGUUAAGUGUCUGACUUCGGCUCAGGUCAUGAUCUCACAGUUCAUGGGUUCAAGCCCCUCGUCGGGCUCUGUGCUGACAACUCAGAGCCUGGAGCCUGCUUCAGAUUCUGUGUCUCCCUCUCUCUCUGCCCCUCCCCUGUUCAUACUCGGUCUCUCUUCAAAAAUAAAUAAAAUGUUAAAAAAAAAAAAAAAAAAAAGGAACAGUGUUGCCUUUCUGCUAAGGUAAUAGAGUUAUUUUCCUAUCUGACCAGAUAGGUGAUGAUGCACAAUGAAUUGAUAAAUGCUUUCUAAGUAACUAGAUUUCUGCUUACCCUAAAAACAAAAACAAACUUCAUAUACAAAAAUUACAUUAUUUUAAAAUAAACUGUGUCCUUUAAAAUAGCUGCUUUUUGGGGCGCCUGGGUGGCGCAGUCGGUUAAGCGUCCUACUUCAGCCAGGUCACGAUCUCGCAGUCCGUGAGUUCGAGCCCCGCGUCAGGCUCUGGGCUGAUGGCUCAGAGCCUGGAGCCUGUUUCCGAUUCUGUGUCUCCCUCUCUCUCUGCCCCUCCCCCGUUCAUGCACUGUCUCUCUCUGUCCCAAAAAUAAAUAAAUGUUGAAAAAAAAAAUUAAAAUAGCUGCUUUAAGGGUGCUCGGGUAGCUCAGUCACUUAAGUGUCCAAUUGGGUUCAGGUCAUGAUCUCACGGUUCAUGGGUUCGAGCCUGCAUUGGGCUCCAAGCUGCCAGCGCAGAGACUGCUUGGAAUUAUAGCUCUCUUCCUCUCUGCCUCUUCCCAACUCACACUUUCUCUCAAAAUAAAUCCAUAAACUUAAAAAAAUAAAGAGAAGAGCGGUUUUAGAAAUCCAGCGUCAACAACACUAGAUUUCUAGACUCAGGCAUAACAGCUAGGUAUACAAAUUGAUGCCAUUUAAUCUGAAUUAUAAUUUUUAAUAGAGAUCUUCCCUCAUAUAUGGCAAAUACCCUAAGGCUAAAGAAUACACUCAUUAAUUUUUCAUAUAUUUAUCAAACAUCUAUGUUGGUACAGAAUAAAUGUUUGAUAAAUAUAUGAAUUAAAUGAGUGUAUUCUUUGUUAUAAUCAUUUCUUCUCUAACCUGUCUUCUCUUUUGAGCCACUGAAUUCCUCCACAUUUCUCACGUUCCCAAAGUAAUUGUUUAACAACCAGAGCUCAUGCCCCCUCUUGGUAAUGGUGACCCAGCAAACCCCUUCCACUACUGGCUAUGAAUCUACUGCCUCUAACGUCAGGUCUUUUGGGGCCACUCUUACAGUUUGGAAAACAUCUACAACAGAAUAUCUGGUUUCAUAAGAGUUUAGCCUCACUUCACAGUUAGUGAUGAAAGUUGGUGUUUGUAAGACUGCUAGGAGUGGGAGACAAUCCUAGCCUAUGCCAGGGCUAGGAUUAUGGAUUAUUGUCUAGACCAAAGAGGGAAAACCCUAAGCAAAUAUGUGUUAAUGUUAAAGCUACCAUGCCUCUGACUUUACUUAAUGUUCUCAUGAUUUGUUUCUUUGGAAAGUGAAAGCCAUUAGUUUCUUUCCUAAGCUUUUACAAGCAUUUUAAAAUUUCAAAACACCACCAUACUGAUUAUUCAACAGGUAGAACCUCUCAUCUUCUCUGAUUAUUCAGCAACAUGUAGAACUUCUUGUCCUUUGUUUUUAAAUAUGUCCCCAAACCUAAGUUUUAAAGUUUGUAUCCAAAGUGUCUAUGUAGAGACUAUACUGGUAAAUGUUUUAAAGACGUACUUAAUAUGCACUGAUGUUCAUAAUAUGAACUUUGUAUAUUAACACUAUUAAAGUUUUAUAUCCUUUAAAAAUUACAAGAAAGAAUUUUUACAAUUAUAUGUUAAUGAGCACUAUAAUAGGCACCUUACAGAGAAAGGGUUACUUAAAUCGUGAAUAAAAGCCAGGUAUUACCAAGUAUCAGUACUUUUCAGCAUUUUAUCGGAAAAGAAUUAAGACUCACAAAUUUUCCACAUACAAUACCACUUAUCCCAAGCGGACAAAGGAGAAUACUAGAGUUUUAAUUUUCCCUUAAAAAGUUUAAAAAAAAAAAAAAAAGCAGCAUCUCCUUUGAUACAGUUCCUCCAGCUUCUUUGGCUAUAUUGUAUAUUGUAAACAGAAAUAAACUACUGAUCCUAACACUCUAAAACCUAGGUGACUCUCUAAAGCAUGUAACUAUCUAGCCAAAUGUAUGGACAAUUAGUGAAAAUAUAAUACACCUGAGGCUUUCAUUAAAUUGAAAUUUGUGCCCAGUUUAAGCAAACGAAUCACUGAAAAACAUUCUAAGGUGAUUUAAAAUACUUGAAAUAAACAUCUUCCAAAAUUUCAGAAUGACUCAGUAAUUGGUUUCCAAAAUUACAAUUUCUUAAACCUACUCACUAAAAUAAGUUCUAGAAAGUCUUCCAAGACAAGUGUAUAUGUUUGAGGGAACAAUCUUUUCUCUCAAUUAUUGACUUUCUAUAUAUCUAAAUUUGGCUAGUUACUGCAGGUUAUCCACAUCUGUAAAUAUGAAGAGUUGAAACAAACAGCUUUUAUCAUGCUUUCUUAUUCAAUAAACUAAACGCAAGAAACCCUAAAUCAAAGUCAGUAGAUCAAGUCAUGCCCAGAAUCAAAAUAAGAAUGGGCCAGAAGUUAAAAUUACAGCGCUCUUAUUUAAUCAAAGUUAUUUGUUCAUCUCUCAACGUCCAUAACACAGCACUAAUAAGGUUUCUGAACAGUGCUGCUGGAAUACAGCUUUAACACGAAAGCCAGGAAUAAGACUGCAUACAUUCUGCAAAUGGAAAUCUACCCGAGCGUAUACCUGCAGAUACGACUUUGCACUCUCAACAGGUGACUUAAAAUUUAAAACUGGCUGCCUUCACAAGGGGCUUAAAAACUAAGAAAUUUCCAAGAAAAGAUAGCCCUUGCAAAAGGAUCUUUAUAUCAUCACUCCAGUAAUAAGUUUGGAAAGGCAUGGCUAAGGUAGCCGUCGAUCAAAAAGGUUCCAGGAAAACUGCGCAACAGCCUGGGGGCGAGGACCGAAACUUCUCCCCCCCCCCCCCCAUCCCCGACUUUCGCUCGGCCUUCCCCCAGAAACUCGGAACAGGGGGCCAGGACCGGCGUCUCCUGCGUGCGGGCAACAGUUGCCACGAGCAGCUGGGCUCAGGAAAGGCAAUUUGCCCAGCCAGUUGUCCCUUCUCCGUCGUCCCCUCCCACCUUCCCCCAAGGCCAAGGACAGCGACGUCGUCCUCCCUCUUCUCCUCCUCUUUGGUGCCUUCAGCCAGGAGGCGGGAGUGACCCGCAGCAGCUGACCCAGCAUAGGCACUGCCUCUCCCACAGCCCUCAGGACACACCAUGGGCCCAGAGGCGGGUUUGCAGCACAGCAGCGACGACGCAGGCGGAGGCCCCGGCGACUCUCAACUGCCUCCCUGACCGCCGCGAGCACCGCCCGACACCCCGAAAAGUCGUCGCCACCCACGGCAGGAGAAUCUAAGGACCCCCAAACCACCUUCGCGAUCGACUCAAGCUACGUCAACAACUAUGGCGGGCGACGGGAGGCGGGCGGAGCCGGGGAGGGAAGGAUGGGGGCUAUACGUCACACCCCGGCCCCCCUUGCGGGAGGGUAGGCGCCGGCUCGCCCCUCAAAAUGGCGGUGACAGUGACGCGCCUGCGUACGGAAUUCCUUCGCCGUCGCGCCCCGGCCGGCGGGAAGUGAGGUUCUCGGAAGAGCCGCCAGAAGUGUACGGCGACUUCGAGCCCCGGGUAGCCAAGGAAAAGUCCCCGGCGAGAAGACGAGUCCCGCUAGAAGAGUUCCGGCCUGAUUCUGAGAAAGAGGAAGUGAGAGAAAGCGCCUACUACCUUCGUUCUCGGCAGAGGAGGCAGCCGCGACUUCAGGAAGCCGAGGAGAUGAAGACGCGAAGGACUACCCGUCUACAGCAACAGCAGUCACAGCAGCCUCUGCUAGAGCCGUCUCCGGUUACGACCAGGAGAGGGUUACGGGACCCUCAUUCCUCUGAAGAGGAUGAACCAUCUUCACAAACUAUUUUAAGCCAAACAGUCUCAAAGAAAACUAUCCAGAGGACACAAGAAAUUCCAGUGCUGAGUGAAGAUCCUGUAAUUAGCCUGUGUAGACGCCCCCUAAGAAGCCCAAGACCUGAUUCGGCAUACAAAACAAAUGGAAAUACUAAAAUGAGUGAAUUAGAAGCCACUAGCAGCCAACAGAAGGUCAAUUUUUCUGAAGGAGAAGAAACUGAACAAGACGAUCAAGACAGCUCUGACAGUGAUAUUACUAUUCUUAAGGUCAGAUCCGGGGAUUCUCUUGAUUCUGGAGAUCAAACUACGAAAUCAAGUCAAUAUCCAGAAUCACUUUGGCGGUCAUCGCAAAGUCGAGACUUCAUAACUCUUGAUAAGCAACCUUCAGUGCUAAGCUCGGGAUAUCAAAAAAAACCUCAGGAACGGUUUGAACAAUCCACAAGAAUAAGGACUAAGAUGCAAACAUCAUCACCAGACAGGAGUUCAAUAUAUGGCAGUUUUUCAGAUGAUGACAGCAUUCAGAAAUCAGAACUUGGAAACCAGUUUCCAUCAACUUCCAGCCAAAAAGCAGCUGGACAACCCAAAAGUGCAUCUUUUGUCAAGAUGAAGUGGGGUUGCCUGCUCGUUCUGGUAGCUUCUUUUGCCAUCGGGAGUUUUCUCUUCGUUCGUACUCCUGAGGUAAAAACCACUCCUGUUCAAGAGUUCCAGAACCAGAUGAAACAACUUAUGAAUAAGUACCAAGGUCAAGAUGAGAAGCUGUGGAAAAGGAGCCUUAUAUUACUAGAAAGACAUCUGAAUAGCUCCCAGCCUCGGCCUCAGCCUGCUAUCUUGCUGCUCACUGCUGCUCGAGAUGCUGAAGAAGAACUGAAGUGUCUGAGUGAACAAAUUGCCGAUGCCUACUCUUCUUUCCACAGUGUCCGUGCCAUCCGGAUUGAUGGGGCGGACAAAGCUACUCAAGACAGUGAUACUGUCAAAGAAGAGGUAGACUGGGAACUGAGCAACGGGUUCACGAAUGGCCAGAACGCAGCGGUGGUACAUCGCUUUGAGUCACUGCCUGCAGGCUCCACUUUGAUCUUCUAUAAGUAUUGUGACCAUGAAAAUGCAGCCUUCAAAGAUGUAGCCUUAGUCCUGACUGUCUUGUUGGAGGAGGAGACGCUUGGAACCAGUCUAGGCCUAAAGGAGAUUGAAGAAAAAGUAAGAGAUUUCCUCAAAGUCAAGUUCACCAAUGCUGACACACCCAACUCCCACAAAUAUAUGGACCCGGAUAAAUUGAGUGGGCUCUGGAGCCGUAUUUCUCACUUGGUCCUGCCUGUCCAACCUGAAAAUGCCCUGAAAAGUGGCAUCUGCUUAUAAAGGGUGACAGAAGACAAAAUCAUGUCUCAAAUUCGGAGAAUUUUUCAGCCUUUCUAACCAGAGACAGAAUUCAGAGCUCUUUAUGAAAGAACUGGUUUCUUUUUAAAGGAUGUUAAAUUCUUAGGUAAACAUGGAACAUCUAACUCAUUUGUUCACCCUAAUUAUCUGUUAUUUGAGAGAAUCAUUUCCCUGUUUCCAUUAAGAUCUGCGUUAAUAAUCUCUGAGGACUACAACUUACACGCAGUCCCCUAGUCUGUUUAGACUCGGGGUUGAAUCAUUACUGCCGUGCUAUGACCAGACCAGGUUGGGGGGUACUGGGCUCCUUCCUAUGAAUCCUCCCAAGUUUAUAAGUUAGAUUUUUUCACAGAGUUUGCUAUUAGUAAGGCAGCUCUAUAAAUGCAACUGUGGGUUUUCCCAUUAUUCUCUUUUACCAUCAUUUAGGUGCGAGUUCCUUAGUCAGUUUCCACUUUUAGGAGCAAGAGUAAUGAAAGGUCAUCUGAGUGUGUUUGGAUUGUUUUCUUUGUUUUUGGAGGGCAGGAGAAGGAGGCAAGGAAAAGGAGAAAUUGUGGAAUGAGGAAGGUAAGGGGGAAAAUCUUCAAGAUGAAAUUUAAAAUAAGCCACUGAGACUUAGGUCAUUCAGGUAUAGCCAUAUGAUCUCUAUUCUCAGUGAAUUCUGCUGGGGUUUGUUUUUCACGUGUCCUUUUCCUUUAAGAAAUUUUUGGUCCUCCCAAGGAUUUUAAAGCAUGUAUAUAAUAAGAUUUAGCAUAUUUGUUCAUUUGACUCUUAAGGGUGUGGUCAGUUCAGAGCAGUUUAUUUUGGACAUAUCCUGAAGCCUUUGUUUUGAAUUAAGAAAUAUAAUCGCAGGAAUUGGUAAAUCAUUGGUUAACCGGCUUUCCUGGGCUAUCGAAGAAGGAUUUGAUUUUCUGAGUGCAGUUCUACAAAUAUAAAGAUGUACUAUGCACGUGAUAAAUUUUAUUAAGAGUGCCUCGAGCCAAAGAGAAAGCGAACUUUACCAUGUGUGGAGAAUGUUGAGAUGUACUACUGUGCAUUCCUGUACCGCUACAAUUUCAGUUGUAACCUGGCAUCUAUAACUGACCUUUCUCAUCUGUUGACUGCUUUGUUAUUCUUAAAAUCGUAAGAUUCUAGAUACACCUUUUUUUUUUUUUUUAAUUUCUACAAACCUCAAAUGAAAAUACUGUUUUUAGAAUACUAGAGGCAGUCAUUGGCUUUAUCAUUCACCUGUUGAGGAUCCUCCCAUGCCUGGUAGUAGAGUGUGGUCCGGUUCCUUCCAACUAGGACAACCCGUAUUCAUAAAUUUAUACCCUUUAUUGAAAAUUGUUCCUGACUGUCAGAAGUCAGGUCAUCUGAUUUAUAGAGGAUUCUAAAAACAAGAGUUUUUGAAAAGGCUUAUUUUGUACACACAUAUUAUAUGGAGAAACAAAUGUUUUUAUUAAAUGUUUCGCUGACCAAAAUAAUUUUAAAGAAAUUAAUGUUACUUAUGUCUUUCAGGAGAAAUAAUUGUAGCAGCUGAUCUGUAAAUGACUUUAGAAGCUAUUUUAGUAAUUUAAAUAAAUUUACUUUCUUGGUUUGUA